AUGUUCGGCGCGCCGACGACGCCCGCGGGGGCGAGCGCGGGUGGGUUUUCAUUCGGGUCGACGCCGCAGACGACGCAGACGGUGGGCGCGGGCGCGUUCGGCGCCGCGCCCGCGACCGGGGGCGCGGGCGGUGGGUUCUCGUUCGGGUCGACGCCGCAGACGACGGGGGCGGCGACGGGGGCGAGCGGUGGGGCGUUCGGGGGCGGUGGGGGCGGAUUGUUCGGCGGCGGGGCGGCGGCGAGCGGCGGCGGCGGAUUGUUCGGAACGCCCGCGGCGUCGAGCGCGGGUGGGUUCGGGGCGGCGCCGGCGUUGACGCCGGCGGUGACUGGGGGGGCGUUCGGGAGUCCCGCGCCGGCGGCUUCGACGGGCAGCGGGUUGUUCGGGGGUCCGGCUCCGGCGGCGUCGACGAGCGGUGGUCUGUUUGGCGCUGCGCCA